GCCGCCUUCUUUCUGCUUUCGAGCUGAUCCCGGCCAUGGACGCCGGAGCAGUUGAGGCGCCUCUCGUGGCCGCAACGGACGGGUGCGAGGAGAAGGAUCUCGACUCCGCGCUCCGCUGUCUCGAGGGCUUCCUCGCCCUGCUCGGCUUCCCCGAUUCCUCCUCCCGCGCUCGCCUCGCCUCCUCCUGGGCCGCCUUCUUCCUCCUAGGCAUCGUCGUUCCCUCCACCUCCAUCCUCCUCUCCCAUUUCUCCCGCUCCGCCUGCGACGAAUACAAAGUCCAGCAGUUCGAGCUAUGCGUCCUCCUAUCCCAGGUAUCGCUCGCCGCCGUCUCACUUGCUUGCAUCUCAAGGAACCUUCUCAAGUACGGGAUCCGGCGGUUCCUGUUCGUGGAUCAGCACCACGGACAUGUAGAGAGGUUCCAGAAGGAGUAUGUCCGAAAAAUCCAGGAGUUCUUCCAUUUGCUACUUCGGUGGAUAUUGCCAUGCUUCAUUGUAAUGGCUGCUCGUGAAACUGUCCACUUUGUGUACACCUUCCAUGAGUCUGCUUGGAGAUCCAUUGCAAUUUUGGUGGCUUCAAUGUUGUCAUGGGUUUACUUAACAAUCAUUCUUUUAUCAGCUUGUAUGUUAUUCAAUCUUGUCUGUAAUUUGCAAAUUAUUCACUUUGAAGACUUUGGAAAAUUUUUAGAAAGAGAUGUAGAAACUUAUCUGUGUUUGGAGGAACAUAUGCGCUUACGGUUUUAUCUUUCAAAAAUCAGUCAUAGGUUCCGCAUAUUCCUCCUUUUGCUUUUCUUGGCUGUCACAGUGAGUCAAUUUGUCACCCUUUUUCAGACCACUGGAUAUAGUGGAAAUAUUAAUUUCACCAAUGCUGGAAGCUUAGCCGUCUCUUCAGUUGUUCAAGUAGUUGUUGUUGUUCUCUGUUUGAACGCAGCUUCUAAAAUUUCUCAUAGGGCUCAGGGCAUUGCAUCCUUAGCAAGUAGAUGGCAUGCCUAUGCUACAUGCUGUCCUUCUGGGUCUCAAAUGAGGACUGCAAAUAGCUCAAGCAAUAUUGAGUUUGUUGUGGCAAGUUCCUUUCUAAAAGAUUAUUCUGAAAGUGAUUUGGAGUCGCUAGAAAAUGUGACAAUACAUAGCAAUUCUCAGUUAGCUUCUCUUACCUCAUAUCACAAGCGGCAAGCCCUUGUUAUUUAUCUUCAGUCCAACCCUGGUGGCAUUACAAUUUUUGGUUGGACGGUUGACCGAACCUUGGUGAAUACUAUUUUCUUCCUUGAACUAACGCUCGUGCUUUUCGUGCUUGGCAAAACUAUAGUCUUUCCUUCCUUGUGACCCUUGAGAAAGAGCUCAGAACUCCUUGAUUGGUCUCUUUCUACGCAUCCUUGAGAAACACUCCCAAGGCCUAAGCGGGUGUGAAUGAAGUCCAUGACGAAUGUUGGCUAAGCUUUUUCUGAGUUCGAGUUGAGCCACAAAUCAUACAGAAGAAGAUGGCCCACAGAAAUCAAAAAUGUUGAGUCUCUUUGUCCCACAAGCUCAAGUUAUGCUUUUCAAGUAUUGUUCUUUCUGUGGAGAUGAGUCCAUAUUACUUUCGCUUAAGAUGUGGCGCACAAAACAUCUGCUCAUUUGCAUUGUUCGAUAGAGGGGUAGAUAAAACACUUGGUUCAGAGGGACUAUUUCUUUCUAACAUCUUCUGUGUAUAAUUAUAGUGGUGGUGAUCCGGAGCCGCAAGAUAAACAGGUAAAGAAAUCUAUCAGUGGGUUGUAAUUAUCACAUGUAACAUUAUUUACUUUUGUUUAUGUGUUGACAUAUCUAAUUAACCUUCAUAAAUUUCUUUAAGAAUUUAA